UAAGAUUGACUCAGCUUUACACUGAUCAAGGUCACUGCUUUAGAGGGGUGAAUCUGGAGGCUGUAGUUCACCACGCACACAUAUCAAAAUGUAAAGGGAUAAAUUCAUAAGGAGGGUGACAGAGGAUCCACAACUAUAUUAUAAACAUCUCCACGAGGCAUUGUGGGGUUGCAUUAUGCAAUCACCAGCAUGCAGAUUAUCCAUUCAAAUGACAUGGUUGGCCAGAGGGAGGCGCGCGGUGCUCCAUUCGUCCUUCAUUUGAACAUAUGGGGAAGUUUGACCAAACCCUGGUUAAGCACAGUGGACAGAGCAGGGACGCAAAGACGUACAGCAACCAUCUAGCAAACAUUUUAAGGGAACAGCUGAAGUCAACACCGUGCUCCAACUUAACCAUUGUUUUUUUCCAAUAGAGUGAGCUUACUUGCCGUUUAACAAGCGUGCAGCACGGUGUGUGACAUCAAAUUUAUAGUGCUGCCUGUAUAGGCAACCUUCUACAAGGUUCGUUGGGAGAGACUUCAUCAUCACACUGUGCGUCUCAUUCUUGGCGCUCUAAACUGAUCAUCAGUGGAAGUGCUCCCGAGCCGCAGCAGCCCAACUGUGACAUCCUUUCACUAUACAGAGUGUGCUCAGGCUGGCUGGCUGCUGCACAGGCACCAUGGAGCAAAAAUCACCUAAGGAUGAAGGCGCCGCUAAAGGGCAAGAGUCUCUGUCCUACCAGCGGAGAAUGUGGAAGAAUUUCCAGGAGAAAACCAAGCCAUGGCUCAGUCCGAAACUAGGAUCGGAGCGUCGUGGUGCCGGUGGCGCGGAGGGCAGCAAAAAGGAAUCGGGGUUAUGGAUGUUUAAGAGGAAAAAGAAACAGCUGGACCGGGUGUUUUCGUCGUCUCAGCCGAAUCUGUGCUGCUCUCCGCCGGCGCCUUUCGAUGGAGACAAGUCACUUGGAGGCGACUCGGUCCCCAGCACCAGCAGCGACGGGCAGACCCUUGGCGCAGCUUCUGGGGCUACGGGGAGCAAGCCCGAGCUGACGGCGCACGGAAGCCCCAAACUCCCCGUCUCCCAGCUGAUCAUGUACCAGCAGAAGAGCUCCUCUCUCGGCUCGGCGUGCUUCGAGAAACUGGUGGUGGACCCGGCCGCGGUGGUGGGAGAGGAGGAGCAGCUGCGUAAAAACGCAAGUGAUUCUGGCAUCAACAUAGUGGGGCCCAGUAAUGCAGAACCCCCCCCUCGACCUCCUAGCCCAGCCAUGUACCAGCUGGAUAUUGUCCUAAAGAAAGGGAACAACCUAGCCAUCCGAGAUCGCACAGGGACCAGUGACCCAUAUGUGAAGUUUAAGAUUGCAGGGAAGGAGGUGUUCAGGAGUAAGACCAUCCAUAAGAACCUCAACCCAGUGUGGGAGGAGAGAGUCAGCCUUCUGGUGGAGACACUGAGGGACCCGCUGUAUGUCAAGGUUUUUGACUAUGACUUUGGACUUCAGGAUGAUUUCAUGGGCUCAGCAUACCUCUACCUGGAGUCACUGGAGCAUCAAAGGACAUUGGAUGUGACGCUGGACCUGAAGGACCCACAGUACCCUGAACAUGACCUAGGCAGCCUGGAACUAGCUGUGACACUGUCACCGAAGGAGGGAGACAUGAGGGAUGCUUAUCAGAGUAUGCGCCUGUCAGAUGUGCAUAGAAAAGCCCAGCUGUGGCGAGGUAUAGUCAGCAUCAGUCUGAUAGAAGGUCGCGGCCUCCAGCCCAUGGAUGCCAACGGCCUCAGCGACCCUUACGUCAAAUUCAGGAUGGGGCACCAAAAGUAUAAGAGCAAGACAAUUCCCAAAACGCUGAAUCCUCAGUGGAGAGAGCAGUUUGACUUCCACCUGUAUGAGGAGCACGGAGGCUAUGUGGAUAUUACAGUCUGGGACAAAGAUGCUGGCAAGAAGGAUGACUUCAUGGGAAGGUGUACAAUCGAUCUGUCGCAUCUCAGUAAAGAACACACACACAAAUUGGACCUGCCGCUGGAGGAAUGCGAAGGUGUGCUGGUGCUGCUGGUCACACUCACUGCAUCCGCCGCCGUUUCCAUCUCAGACCUGUCAGUCAACAUGCUGGACGACCCGCAUGAGAGACACCAGAUCAUGCAGAGAUAUAGCUUGUGGAGGUCAUUGCACAACCUGAAAGAUGUCGGUGUGGUGCAGGUGAAAGUCAUCAGGGCUGAGGGACUGAUGGCAGCGGAUGUCACAGGUAAGAGUGACCCAUUCUGUGUGGUGGAGCUGAGUAACGAUCGGCUGCAGACGCACACUGUCUACAAAAACCUCAACCCAGAGUGGAACAAGGUCUUCACUUUUAACGUGAAGGACAUCCACUCAGUACUCGAAGUCACUGUUUACGAUGAGGACCGAGACAGAAGUGCAGACUUCCUGGGGAAAGUGGCUAUUCCUUUACUAAAUAUCCAAAAUGGAGAACGCAAAGCCUACGCCUUGAAAAGCAAGGAGCUGACAGGGCCAACAAAAGGGGUCAUCUUUCUCGAAAUAGACGUGAUUUUUAAUGCUGUGAAGGCUGGUCUCAGGACGUUGAUUCCCAUUGAGCAGAAGUAUAUCGAGGAGGAGCCCAGAGUGUCCAAACAGCUGCUGUUGCGCAACUUCAACCGAGUUAGGCGCUGCAUCAUGUUCCUGAUCAACACAGGCUGUUACAUCAACAGCUGCUUCGAAUGGGACUCGCCACAGAGGAGCAUCUGUGCAUUUGUGCUUUUUGUCAUUGUCGUUUGGAACUUUGAACUCUAUAUGAUUCCCCUGGCUUUGCUGCUGCCGUUGGCCUGGAACUACAUCCUCAUUGUGUCGGGGAAGGAUACAAGGCAAGAUGUGCAAGCAAUGGAGGACCUGCUGGAGGACGAGGAUGAGGAUUUUGACAAAGAUGACAAGGACCCUAAACCAGGCCCCUGGGAGGACAGCCGUGAUAAAAACCAUAUCCUCGAGGAUAUGUUGGCUUCCUGGCACUUUGAGUGGAUACGAGCGAUGGUGGACUCUGAGAGAAAGGGCUUCAUGAACAAGCUUUAUGCCAUUCAGGACGUGUGCAUCAGCGUGCAGAAUGCACUGGAUGAAGUGGCCUCCUAUGGCGAGAGGAUAAAGAACUCAUUUAACUGGACUGUGCCUUUCUUAAGCUGGCUGGCCAUUGUGGCUCUUGGAGUGGCAACCAUCAUCAUCUACUUCAUUCCUCUAAGAUAUAUUGUGCUAGUCUGGGGGGUGAAUAAAUUCACAAAGAAGCUGCGAGACCCUUACACCAUUGAUAACAAUGAGCUGCUAGACUUUCUGUCCAGAGUGCCCUCAGAUGUACAAGUGGUGCAGUACCGAGAGCUGAAACUGGAUCCCAAUCCCAGUCCAAAUAAAAGGAAGAAAAACAACCCCGGGUAGAUGACUGUGUCCGCCCACCAACUCCUCUCUUCUCCACUUUUCUUCUCUUGGUCUAUUACUGGACACUGAGGAGCAGAGGGAGACGGCUCGGGACCAGCUCGGCUCAGCUAUCCUUCCUUUUUUUUUUUUUUUCCUUUCCUUUUUUUUCUCCUCUCUUAAACCUUUUUCUGUCUUUAAUUACUCAUGAUGUACAGUACAGUUUCCUGAAGUGUAAUUUUGUAGAAAAAGAGAAAAAAAAACAGUACAAGACAAGUACAAGAAAUUUCUUGAAUUAUUCUUAUCACCAUUAUGCUUUUGAUUGAUUUUAAAGGCGGGUGGGAAGGAUGGAUGGAAUGACCUUUAUCUCUGUCGUGAUGAGCCACCUUCCUUGUUUCUUCUCUCCGUCACUCUGACAGCUCGGAGGACUCUGUCCGUUUGCUCGCCACAAGUGUCACACAAUGAGUGAAACGAAUUUGAACAUUUCUACUCACUGCUCCAAAACGACAUAUUCAGUGCAUCCAUGUUUAUCAGGAAACAAGCCUUAUACUAACAUUGUGCAUCAUCACUCUGCAGUAGACAUUUCAUUUUUUUUAAGCUAAUAUUGUAGUUAUGAAGUGAUUUUUUGGAGUAUAUUAAUAUUUUCUAAUUGUUUUUGUACUUAAGUAUCUUUUUCUUUUCUUCCCCUCUUGGAUGUGGUAAUGAUGUUAUGUUCACUGCCAGUAAUUUGGAUCGUCUCCACUUAACUCAGCCAGACAAGUUGAUUAGUAAUUACAGUGGUAGCCUCCAGAUAUGUCCUUCUACACAAACACAAAACUGGACAAACAAGCUGAAAGCUUGUGGUGGUAUCUGUCUGUCUGUGCUUUAAUGCAAUGGCCAAAUUAGCUUUUUUUUCAGAAUUUGACUCCAAAACAAACAAAAAAAAAAGCAAACCGCAGUGGGCAGUGGUAUUCGUUUCAAGUACAGUGAUUGAAACAUAGAUUGUGUUUAUAUAAUCGUCAUUAAAAAAAUACCCAGAGGAAAAAAAGAACAACACUGUUGGGACAGUUGACAUGAUGCCGCUGAGCGUUUACUACUACUAAAUGCUCAGAUAAUUUUGCUGUAAGCUCGUUUAACCUGUUAAAAACAUGUCAAAAUCUCCAGUCAGUCAAUCAGUCAGACAGUCAGUGAGGCACCUUCUCUCUCUGUCAGGAGGCGCAGCAGACUGGGCCUGCUGUCAUGGUGUUAAUAUAGAUGUCACCCAGUCUAUGCAGAGUGUCGCAAGGCAGGCAGGCCUUUAGGCAGCCACAGCCCUAAUCUUGUUUGAAAGGCUGGUCUCCUUUCCUCUCAUCUCCCUCCGUGUUUGGCUUCGACGGCCACACACGGAACACACACACACACACACAAGCAUGCAUGCAUACUCAAAAAAAAAAAGACAACCUCUCACUUGAAUACACAGGCUCUCUUAGAGAUCUCUGUCACACAUACUGUACAUACUUGCUCACAGAUGAAAACAAAACAUCCCAUUUGAGUAGGCACAUUCUCUCCCUUUCAGACACACACACACACACACACACAAAGACAAACACGCUCUUCUGUGAUGCUGUGCCCCAGGCUGGCCGCCCUCUCCAUCUGCCCCACCUCCUGCGCCCACAGCUCAACUUUGAUCUGUCUUUCUAGAGACAGAGGCUUGUGUAUGUGAACUGUGUAUGUAAGAGUGUUUGCGUAUACACGUUUAUGCAAUCAAAGACAUAUUGCUUUUCUCAGUGUUGGUGUGUGUUACAAUUGUAUCUCCCCUCCAGCUGUAGACUGAUGCGCAGCUUCAUUCGGUGUGUAUGUGUGUGUGUGUGUGUCAGCAUGUAAAUGUGUGUGUGGUGCAGCAGAAGUGCCAGCUGUUAUUUGGUGUGGGGUUUGCUAGUGUAGAAGGCCGUCAGCUAGAUGAGCAGCAAGUCGCUGUGUGACAAGACAAGGCUCUGAGGGGACUUAGGCCUGAGAUGUCAAUGUGUGUGUGUGUGUGUGUGUGUGUGUGUGUGUUUUUUAUGCUAUUUCAGAUCCCUCUUCCCAUCAUGCUUCUCUCCGUUUGCUCUCUCUGCGGUUCCCUCAUUCGUCAGUGAGCAGGGUUGCGACCCUGUCUGAAGGGACGGUCUCCUGGGCUUCGCGCUGAGCAUCUGUUGAAAGAUCACAGCUCGGGCUACAUUUGAGGAGGUCUCCUCUCAUCCUACUGAUCCCUGCCUCCAUCUUUCCUCCCCUCUCCAUCUUUUUGUUCCCAGCUCUCCCCCUUUGUCCGUCUGUUUGUCUGUCUCUCCGUCCGUCUUUAUCACUCUAAACCCCCUCCCCAAUGCAGCUCUAGUUCUCCUCUGCCAUUUUAUCAUCCUCUUACCCUCUCUGUCUGUCUGUCUGCUUGCCAUCCCCUCUAACCCUCUCCUGCUCCCUCCCUCCCUCUUUACCCAUCCAUCUCCAUGCUUAAAUAUCAACAGGCUCGAAUCUGUCACUCUAGAGGGCCAUUGAUUUUGUUUUGUUGUUUUGAGGAAUCCACUUGAAAGACAAUAACAGACUGUCCCCCAAGAGCAGCGUCGCAGACUGAUUAUAGCCUCCUCAACAAACACACUCUGUGGCUGGUGAAGGAUGGCUUUUUAUAAUGCCUGAAGGGACCAUUUGAAUACCUGAUAUGUGUCUACUACUGUGUGUAGUUAUUUUACAGCAAAAUGUGGUGACUAUUGUGUGGUAUUGCAUCCAAAUACCGUUUCUUUUGUCAUUUAUUAUUUGGUUCUGGCUAUGUUUGCAAGCAAACCAAAGUGUUUUUAUUUUGUAUGAUGCAGAGAAAAUAAAUUAUAUAAAGGAAUGUAUCAGACUGACAGCUGUAAAGGAAAAAGAACUUUUAUUUGCACCAAUUUGAAAUGAGACUAUUUAUUUUUUAAAUGAUACUGUACAUAGCUAACUACUUAUUAAUUAUUGGUUGUAUUUUAUACAGUAUGCCUGUUGAUGGUCUGGUGAUGAUAUUGUAAAGUAGGUGUAUGCCUGCCUCAUUUUCUAAGAUCUGUCUUUUUUCCGCCUGCAACGUUGCCUGCCUGUGACAUCAUCCUCAUGUGCCCAGUUCUGACCAAUGUCAUUUCAGGACAGGAAUACUGUACGAGCUGAGACGUGGGUGGGUCAGGAAGAGGCGAAAGUCAUGAGAAAAUAUGAUGUAUAUAUUUCUGGUUUGAGAAA